UGUAGCUAAUGUUGUUGUUCUAUUCCAGGAAGAGAAGACGGGGAUUGCGCUUUAACAUCGAGCAACUGCGUCAAUAACAGUUUUGACGACUAUCUUUGGUUUUCCUCUACUCUUCAGCAUGGCAAAUGGCCUGUGCUGAGUGAUCGAUGGCUCUCUUCCUGGACGAGACAUCAGUAGGCAGUGCCAUGGACACGUCAAACUUUGCACACGUCAUCUUCCAGAACGUGGGGAAGAGCUACCUGCCCCACGCUGCUCUAGAGUGUCACUACACUCUCACCCAGUUCAUCAAACCACACCAGAAGGACUGGGUCGGCAUAUUCAAGGUUGGAUGGAGCACAGCGAGGGACUAUUACACGUUCUUGUGGUGCCCUGUUCCUGAGAACCACACAGAGGGCACUGCCAUCCACAGAGCGCUGGUGUUUCAAGGAUACUACGUGCCCAACGAUGAUGGGGAGUUCUACCAGUUCUGCUAUGUGACCCACAAGGGGGAGAUCCGGGGGGCCAGCACACCCUUCCUGUUCCGGGCUCAAAGCCCCUCAGAGGACGAGCUGCUGACCGUGGAGGAUGAGUGCAACUCGGACAUCCUGGUGGUGACGACCAGGACCGGAUACCUGGAGCAAAAGAUGGAGGAGGCCCACAGAGAGAAGGAGGAGAUGGUUCGGACCAUGAGCCUCGUGCAGAAUGAGAAGGCCCAGCUAGAGGAGGAGAAGGAGGAGAUGGUUCGGACCAUGAGCCUCCUGCAGAAGGAGAAGGCCCAGCUAGAGGAGGAGAAGGAGAGCCUGCAUAAAGAGUGUGAGCAGCAGAAAGAGAAGUGUACCCAACUGAGACGAGAGAACCAGGAGGUACAGGAGGAGGCCACAGCCAGGGUCCUGCAGCUGGAGGAUGACCUGAUAGGAGUCACCCAGAAGGGCCUGCAGAAAGAGACGGAGCUGGACAGCCUGAAGGACAGAGUGAAGAAGCUGACUCUGGAGAAGGAUGGCAUGGAGUCACACCUGAAGGAUGAGAAGGAUGAGAAGGAACUCUACAAGAUCCACCUGAAGAACCGUGAGCUGGAGAACACUAAGCUGAGUGCAGAGCUGCAGAUGCUGAAGGCUGUGGGUGUAAACAAGGAGAACACCAUUGCUCAGUUCAAAGAGGAGGUGGGACGCCUCCGCUCCUGCCUCACUGAGAAGGAGAAACAACACAAGGAGUUCCUGGCCAAGGCCUCCCCCUUGGGUGAGCUGAAGGUCAUGAAGGAACAGCUUCGUCAGAAGGAAGAGCAGCUUCAGGCCAAACAGCAGCAGGCCUCCAUGUUGUCUGCUGAGCUGAGGGACGCGUCCAGCGCCCGCGACCGCACCAUGGCUGACCUGUACCGCAUGAGGCUGGAGACAGACGCCCUGCAGCAGGGGAAGCAGGAGGCCCUGGCACAGUGUGGCCGUCUGGAGCGCCUGGUGGAACAGAUGAAGGAUGACGCCCAGCAAGAGGCACAGGCCAAGUCUGAGGUGUGCAGGGUGGAGGAUGAGGCAGAGGCUGACCCAGCCACCGUGGCUGAGCUGCAGAGAGAGGUGGAGGACCUGAAGCUCCGGCUGCACAUGGCUGCAGAACACUACAAGGAGAAGUACAAGGAGUGUCAGAGGCUGCAGAGGCAGGUGGUCAAGCUCUCUGAACAACCGGGGGAGCUGAGGAAGAACCCAGCAGCUGAGACCAUGGCCGUCCCUCUGUCUGUCAGUCCAGACACCUCUGUGCCAGGGAGUCCAGGUUCUGCUGACCCCAUGCUGGAGGCCAUCAUCCAGGAGAAACUCAAAGGCUUCAGCAGACAGGCGUCCGACAGGAGCGACAAGUACAGGAAAUGCAAGCAGAUGCUGAAUGAGGAGAAGGAGCGUAGCUAC